AUGGAUGCGGGUUUCAGAUUAAAUACAUCAACUGAAAAUAUCAUUACUCAACGAAAAUUUCGUUCAAUUAUUCAUUAUUUUAAAACAUUUUCACAUGUUCAAGAUUGUGAACAAUAUAUACGACAAAAAACAAAAGAUGAUCGAAUAUUUUUAAUUGUCAGUGGACGAUUUGGUCAAGAAAUAGUACCACGUAUUCAUCAAUUUCGACGAAUUUUUUCUAUUUAUGUUUAUUAUCAAGACAAGGAAAAAAAUGAAGAAUGGGCUAAAAAAUUUAUUAAGGUGAGUGGUGUAUUUAACAAAUUAGAGGUACUUAUUAAUCGAGUUCAAUCAGAUUAUAUAAAACGAAUUCAAUAUAAAGUUGAUGAUCCAUUUCCAUUAAAUAUAUGUAAAAAAAAUAAUUUAUCAAAUAAUUUAAUUCAUGAUGAAUUUUUUCAUUCACAAUUACUUGUUGAUUAUCUUGUUCAUAUGAAAACAUUAGCAAAUGAUAUAACUGAAUUUAUUAAUAUAUGUUUAAAUGAAUUUCAUUAUGAUCAAUAUCAAUUAUCAAUCAUUAAUGAAUUUAAACAAAAAUAUAAUUCAAAUAAAGUAUUAUGGUGGUUUACACAAGAUUCAUUUAUUUAUCAUUUAUUAAGUAAAGCAUUAAAUAUAAAAAAUUAUAAUUUAUUAAUUCAUAUGGGAUUUUUAAUACGUGAUAUAUAUGAAAAUUUACAAAAAUAUCAAUUAAAAUCUUCAAUACAAGUUUAUCAUGGUUAA